CCUCGCAGCCCCCGAGCCGUCAGCUGUUCCCUUCGCCGUCACUCACACAACAACAUUGAUGCUCAUUUCGACGCUUUAGUACAAUUUUGAAGAACCACCAAGAUGAUAGACGUCACGGUUAAAACCCUGGAUUCCCAGAAUCACAGGUUCUCAGUUCCAGAUGAUAUCACUGUAAAGCAAUUCAAGGAUAGGAUAGCAUCUUCCGUGAGCAUCCCAGCAGACAAACAGCGACUGAUCUACUGUGGUCGUGUUUUACAGGAUGAUAAGAAACUUGCAGAUUAUAAUGUGCAUGAAAAAGUUGUGCACCUGGUGAUGAGAGCCCCCCCGCAGGCCAACAGUCGCACUGCAGGUGGAGGUGCCAGCUCCUCCAGCAACGGAGCCACAGGGAGCAGCCACCACCACCACCACCACAUUCGUCGCCAGCCAGGAGUAGAAGGUGCACAGGUCCUUCUUGGAUCAUUUGUUGUACCUGAAGAUAAUGAGCCCAUAGUUCCACCAACACAAGGCCCUAGCUCAUCUGGUGUCCGGCUACACCAAGCCAGGACAAUGCUGGAGCGUGCAUCAAAUGUCCUUGACCAAAUGGAUCGCAGACUUGGCUCAGGAGAGGAAAGAACACCCUCCACAGAAUCAACCUCAGAUAAUGAUCAAGUUAGCAGUCCAGUUCAGGCUGAUGAUGCCAGAGGAGAAAGGGGAGCCAUGGAGACUGAUGCUGUAGAAGAUACACGGCCAGUAGCAGGUGAAUCAAUGUCAGAUGAAGGUGUGGCCACAGCUUCUAGUACAGCCACAACACCACCCAGUGAUGAGAUGGAAGCACUGUACUCAGAGAUGGAUGCUCUAAAUAAUAUGGACCCAACUGCAAUGGUCCCAGCAUCCAUGACCCCUCCCAUGAUGGGUGCAAUAAACAGCAGUCUGGCAGGUGGUCUUGCACAGGCUGCUUCAGCAGCCGUAGCUUCAGCCCUGUCCUCUCUGGCACGUGGGGGUUCCAGCAGUGGAAUGUCUGGCUCCACCAACACAGGAACAGCUGGCACUUCCUCCUCCUCCACAACUACCACAGAGUCUACCACGAGCAACACAACCACUACAGCAAGCAACAGCACCACAGACACCACAUCAGGGACUACUGGUUCUGGCAGUAGUGUCGGUGCUCCUCCUCGUGGCAUCCCUCCGGGUAGUUUGCGCACCCUAACAGUCAGAAUUACAAACAUGAGACCAACAGGUUCAGGGGGAGGCAGACAAAACACACCUACCACAGGUGCUUCAAAUACCACUACAAGUAACACAACAGACAAUACUGCUAGCACAUCUGAAACCACGGGCAGCAGGAGUGGCUCUGAAGGUCAUGAAGCCCCGAGUGGAGCAGCAGCAGCAGCAGGAGGAUCUACUGCUUCUGCUGGAGAUGGGGCAAACAGUAAUGAUGGUGGACUAGGAAACGUCCGGCUGGAACACCCACGCUGUUCAGUAAUGGUUGAAAUUUUGGAUCUGUACAAUCAAAUACAGCGUCGAUUAGAGCCCUACAUGACUCGCUACCAUCAAACAAUGGCUAAUGAUACAGCUUAUGGAGAUGGGGAUGCAGCAUCACUUCAGCAGGAACAGUGGCUUUUGUGGCGAGUGUCAGAAGUGCUGCAUUUUGUUUCACAUGCUAUGCACGCCAUCAGUGACAUAAUGGUUGACUUGCGACGACCACCACCUCGACAAUUGCGUGCUCGACCAAUUAUCAUCCAGCAGCCAGCUCUUGUUCAGGCUCAAAUCAAUGUCACCACAAGCACAGACCCAACAAGAGUAACCAUUAGUUCAAGAGGGGGAAAUCGUCCAAGUUCCACAACCGUCACAUCAUCCGCCAACAAUGUGACCUCGAGUUCUAGUACAUCUAAUUCCUCAACCCCUCGGCCAGCUUCUACGUCAUCCUCCACCUCCAGCGCCUUUGGUACUGCACACGUAGAGGGACAGACAACUGGUGGCUCUAAUCAAGUAGGGUCCUCCUCCAGCACCACCACAUCUGCUACAACAUCAGCAGCCCCCAGCUCUUCAUCAGGAGCUACCUCAUCAGGAAGUCAGACAGCCUCAGCUCAGGCACGGAACAUAGCCUCAAUGCUGAAUCUUGGAGCUGUGCAGGGCUUCCCAAUGGAUGGUGGGGACCUAGUGCUCAUGGAAGUGGGGCCACACGGAAUCACAAUUGACUCUCUCUCUGCUGAAGGGUCAGGAAGUGCAGGAGGAUCAGCCCCCACUCCAGAGCUCAUUCGAAACCUUGUGUCUUCAAUCACGAACCAGUUAGGAGUUAAUCUCAGUGGCGCUGCAACUUCUACAUCAUCGACAACCUCCUCCUCCUCCUCCUCCUCUUCUACCACCUCUGCCAGCUCCUCCACAGCAACAUCCAGUGUGUGUUCCUCAGCCCCAGCAUCAGGUCCAGGUGUACAGAGAACUGCCCCUGCUCGGAAUAGCCAAGCAGCCGGUAACAGCGGAACGAGCACCACAAAUGUGACCCAGACUCGUGUGACCCACCGCCCCCACGUGCACGUCACACCCCUGAAUGUCCCAGGGAUGGGAAUGAACCAGUUUGAUCCUUUCCUGCCUUGCCAGAGUCACCACAUACGCCCUGCCACCAGACGUAGGCAUCAGGCACAGACACAGACCCAAGUUGGCAGCAGUCAAGCCCAGCAGAGAAGGACAGCAUCAAGCAACAGGGCCCAGGAGAGUGGAGCAAGUGAGAACAGUCAGACUCGACCGCAAGUGGGCAUUUCACCUACUGCUUCAUCCUCUGAUCCUCUGGCAUUCUUUGCCAGUCUAAUGGCAGAGGCAUUUGGUGCCAGGCAGGGCUCAGCUACACAACAACAGCAGCAGCAACAGCAACAACAGCAACAGCAACAGCAACAGCAAUCACAGUCCUCUGCUGCUGAUGGUGGUGAACCUCAGAUCAGUGACCAAAUGUUUGCCCAGUUAGUCCAAGGUGUCAUGAGUCAAGUCUCUGGUUCACUGAAUACUGAAGGCAGUGGUAGCAGCAGUCAACAGUCAGGUGCAUCACUUCAUGAAUUCCUGCAACCCUUUGAUGGUGGGAUGUUUAGUGAAGGGGAUGAAGAUUCUCUCUUCUAUCAGUUGUUCAACACUGUGGCAAUGUCGCUGUCAAUAGGAGAUCUUGUUCAGUUGUUCUUUGGAAGAGCAACAACAGCCAAUCAACUGCGUACACCCCUGCAAGAGUUUGUGAGGGAGAGGGCAUUAAAGGGAAACCAACCCACAGAGGAGAAUCUCGACCGUGCCAUAGACAGUGUCAUCCAUGACCUCCACCCACAUCUUGUAUUGACUGCAGGAGAUGCUCAUGUACAUGAAGGAAUUGAUUACGUCAAUACAGUUCACAAUUUUAUUCGACAUCGUUUACAUGACAUUUUCAACUUAGUUUUGAAUCACACGGAUGCUGAAACAUUUGGUCCUUCCCUGGUAUCUCUGGUCCGGCGAGCAUUGUGGGAAUUCAUAGCACUCUCCCUCCACUGCUUCACAGAUGGUGCCCAAGGCCUAGAGAGAGUUAUCCAGGAGCGAGUGGUGAGAAUUUAGCUAUUGGUUGAAAUA